UCCAUCCAACCAUUCAUUCAUUCAUUCCUUUCCUAUCAUCCACUCAUUACAUCUCAGCCACUCAUUCAGCAACUUUCCAACUCUUUCACUCUUUUCAAACAUUCAGAACCACAAGUUCCAAAUCCAUUUACAUUACCAGUCAAGAUGCUCUUCUCCAACAUCCUCACCUUUGCCCUUGGCCUCUCUGUCUCCACAGUCUCUGCACUGCCAGCUCAUGCUGAUGGGCAAGUUGCCUCCUUGGAGACUCGCAAUUUGGAGGCUCGUGCUCUUUCCACCGCACUCAAGAACUUGAUCUUCCAAGACGCCUUCAAGGCCAUCAGUAGAUAUGGUCCUCCUCCCACGCUGACUAUGAUGCACUCAGGCAUUGGCCCAAAGCAAGCCUUCCAGGUCGCUAAAGGGAAGGGAUUGGGCAUAGUCGAGUCCGCAGUUUUCAAAGCGGUAGCGGCAGACAAGGCAUCAUCGAAACCGCAGUACAAAGAGACUUUGCAAAAGUUCUGUGUCACCAAGGCCCAGUUUACAGCCGGGGAGUCAGGAUGCGCACACACAGAGGGAGUGGCGAAUUGGGUAGAUGCAUGGGCUGAGAUCUCCAGGGCGUGGGCUAGUUACGCACAAAAAUCGACGGUUCUGGCCACGACUCAACAAGGUCCAAGGCGCGAAAGCUUUUAUGCUACUAUUGAGAAGCCUACUCUGCAAGGAAGGGGAAUUCCGAUCACAGAGGAGAAGAAAUACCCCGCCGGUUCCUAAGAAACACCCACGGAUGUUCAACAAUUGUUCCAUUUGCUCGCCCAGAUUGUAAAUAUUUUGGCCCAGGUUAUUUGUAACACAACAGGAGUACUGUUAAGCCAUUUUAGAGGCGUGGGAGCCAUGGUCGGGGGGUACUUUUUCUCUGGGCGUUUAUCUAGCUAUUGAUUUCACGAUCGAGAGCGUGUAUCGG